ACCGCGACGGCUGUCAGAGCGGCACAGCGGCCGGCGGGGCUGCCAUGGAGCGUCAGCGCUGGCUGCCGCUGGAGGCCAAUCCGGAGGUCACCAACCAGUUUCUCAAACAAUUAGGUCUACAUCCUAAAUGGCAGUUUGUUGAUGUAUAUGGAAUGGAUCCUGAACUCCUUAGCAUGGUACCACGACCAGUGUGUGCAGUGUUACUUCUCUUCCCUAUUACAGAAAAGUAUGAAGUAUUCAGAACAGAAGAGGAGGAAAAAAUAAAAUCUCAGGGACAAGAUGUUACAUCAUCAGUAUAUUUCAUGAAGCAAACAAUCAGCAAUGCCUGUGGAACUAUUGGACUGAUCCAUGCUAUUGCCAACAAUAAAGACAAGAUGCAUUUUGAAUCUGGAUCAACCUUGAAAAAAUUCCUGGAGGAGUCUGUGUCAAUGAGCCCUGAAGAACGAGCCAGAUACCUGGAGAACUAUGACGCUAUUCGAGUUACUCAUGAGACCAGUGCCCAUGAAGGUCAGACUGAGUCCUCCUCGCCAUCCUCAUCACAGCCUCAUUGUAGCCACUGCAGAACGAAGGCCUCAUCAUUGUGUCACCAUGCAUCCCUGCCCUGGGUCAAACGUAACCAUGUAGACCCCGCAAAGGCUGCCAGUCCAUCUCUCCGUCUUCGUCGCUGGCGACCCUUCUUACGCCUACCAUCUUUGGGUCUCCAUUCUGUUGUAAGUGUAGUCAAUCUUCUGUCUCUUCUUCCAGUGACAAGGGCAGUCCAUUUUUUCCCUUAAACUUCUUCAGUCUUCAAAGUGCUUUUCUCUUGGUUCACUCAACCAUUAGCUUUUUCUCCCCCAAUAAGAUUGCAAGCAUACCUCCAUGCUUUGCAGUCUAGCUUGACUUUCACCAAUGCCUUGGUGAACAUCCAUCUUUCCACUCCAUGUCCUGCCAACAUAAAAAUGCCUGCCUUUUGAUGAGUACCUUUUGAUGCCUGCCUUUUGAUCGACAUUCAUGAUAAUGUUUAAGUUCCUAUCAGUUGUUAAAGUGAAUGUGUAUUCUCUUACCCUUCAUCUUUCUGAUUUCAUUUAGUUGACUCAGGUCAACAAAUGCUGUGUACCUUCUGAGUUCUAUACUAUCUCUUACUUUUUUCCCCUCCAUGUUUCUGAACAUGACUUUCGUCUUUUGUCAUGCUCUGGGGUGCUUUACUUAUUCUAUCCUUAAUCUAAUCCUUCAUGGUGUAGGGUGUUUCAUCUAAGCUAUUUUAUUCCCUGAGGUGGCUCAGGUACUUGGUUUAAUCUUGAUCCAAUCUUCCCUUCCUAUUCAGUUUCUAAACAUCUUUCCAAGUAGGAGGCGAAGAUUUUUACCUUGUGAAUUGAUGUAGGCGUCCCACAAAUUUUAGGAUUUCUCCUUCUUAGGUAGAUAAUAUUAGCAAACUAUUAAAAAGUACAUAUGUUCUUGUAAUCUUGUUAAUUUUCUUAAAUGUUGAGGUUGAUGGAAUUCUAAUUAUUUUCAUAAUUGAAAUAAACCGCAGGAUUCGGCAAAUACAGCUCUUAUCUUUCUGAUGUUUUAGACUGUUAGUGGCAAUGACUAUGGGUUGGUAGAACCUACCUAAAAAUAUUAUAUCUGAGAGAUUUGGUGUAUGCCAUACAUUUAUAAGAAACUUGACAGUUCUAUAAAUCAUCAUGACUUUCGAAGCCAGAGGAAGUCUAAUUACACAUACAUUUAAUGCUUUAAAAAAAAGUUGGUGUCAAACAUUCUUUCCUCCCCUUAUUUACUCUUCUAGAGUCAUACUCAAAUUAUGAAGUGGAGUCAUGGCACUUUUCCUUAAACAUCUGCUUCCACCAAAUAUCAGUAUGGUCAUCAAAAGAGCUUUUGAUUUUUGCUGAGUAUCAGCAAACUAGUGUGUCUCUGUUUCAUUAUCCUCAUUGGGUCACAGUGUGCAUUUGUCAUUUUUAUUCAUUUAUCAUUUGAUAUUCGUUGCUUCCUUGGUGUGCUAAUUUGUACAGUAGGAGAUAUAAGGUGAAUUAAAUGAUCAGAGUAAAACUCUAAUUUUGUAAAUUCUGACUUGGGCACAGUUGAUUCUAAGUAUAAAUAAAUUCCUUUGUACUUAAAAAUAUUCUAAACAUAAAUGAAUAUGUCAUAAAAAUUGGUUUUUCCAGGUUUAUGUUUUUAUAUAAUGUUUGCUCCAUAUUAAUUCCAUUGCUUUAUAACUUCAUAAGUAUUUUCACAGACUAGUGGUUAAGAACAUGGAUUCUAGAAUGGUACUGCCUGGAUUUGAAACCAAGUUCCAUCACUUAGGUGCUUUGUGAUCUAGAGCAUGUUACUUAAUGUUUCUGUGCCUCAGUUUUCUUGAGAGUAAAAUGGGUAUAAUUAUAUUACCUACCUUGUAGAGUUUAAAUGACAAUUAAUUAGUCAGUACAUAUAAAGCACAUAUAAAGCACUUAUAACUUAGUGCCUGUUACAUAGUAAGUGCCAUACAAUUAUAAAUUAAAUUUAAACUGUACCUUUUUAUAAUUUG